GUGCAGUAGGCUGUGCAGCCAGAACCCAGGGCUGUCAGUACACGUCCAGACGGCUUCCUUGACCGAAUUCUCCGAUGCCAUGGCCUCCCCACCGCAGCUGCAGGCUCUUCUCCAGACUGUCAACACGCUGCUGCGCAAGCGCCGCUACCACGCUGUGUUGGCCCUGCUUAAGGGCUUCCGGAACGGGGCUGUCUAUGGAGUCAAAAUCCGGGCACCUCAUGCACUGGUCAUGACCUUUCUCUUCAGGAGUGGCAGUCUCCAAGAGAAGCUACAGGCCAUCCUGAAAGCCACGUACACCCACUCUCGGAACCUGGCCUGCUUUGUGUUCAUCUAUAAGAGUCUCUGUGCCCUACAGUCCCAUGUGCAAGGCGAGACCCACCAGAUGCACUCUUUCCUGGCAGCCUUCAUCGGGGGCCUCCUGGUGUUUAGGAAGAACAAUAACAUCAAUAGCCAGAUCAACAUGUACCUGACAUCACGCGUCCUGUUUGCCUUGUGCCGCCUGGGUGUGGAGAAGGGCUACAUUCCUAAGCUCAGAUGGGACCUGUUCCCCUUGCACACUGCAGUGAUUUGGGGGCUUGUGCUAUGGCUCUUCGAGUAUCACCGGUCCACUCUGCAGCCCUCACUGCAGUCCUCCAUGACCUACCUCUACGAGGACAGCAACGUGUGGCAUGACAUCUCAGACUUCCUCAUCUUCAACAAGAGCCGCCCCUCCAAGUAACACAGCCCAAGGUGCUUAAGGAACUCCUCUGCCCAGACAGCUUCCAGGCAGUGUCCAGCUGCUGAUCAGAGUGUGGUUCUGUCAACACACCCUCAUGGAGGAUCCUGCCUUCUCAAGGUCAUGGACCUCACACUCCAACUUGUUUUAUCCCAGGGUUCCAUGAGAAUUAUCACUGAUUAUUUGUAGUAUGUGAUGAAGGUCUUUUUAAGGCUGGGGAUGGGUUUUGAAGAGGUCUUCUGUAGUCCUCUGGGGUAUAAACAAUAGGCUCAAGUUCUUUGCUGAAAGAAUCGUUGAGCUGUGUACUUGCAGACAGUGGAGACUUCUCAGUGUGUUUUACUUUCAAGGAAGACGGUAUUAAUUUCCUUCUGGUUCCUUUUUGUGGAGUAAUGUUAAGCAAGCCAGGUUCAUUUGAGGACAUGCAACAAGGAAUAGACUGAAUUGGUCCAAGCUGUGGGAAGGUCAUAAGAAGAUAAAUCCCUGGAAGAUCAUUUUGGUUUGAAUAUUCGGCAGUUUGGUCAGCCCAAACCACCACCUUCUUCCUUUCUACCAGAUGCUCAAUAUCUUUGAAGUUAUAAUCAAAAGCAGUGUUAGACAGGUUAGUUUCUUCUUAGGGCUGGAAGUAAAGCAUUGAGUACUGCCUCAGUCUGACUGUGCUGCUGCUCUUGGAGACAAGCUAGAGCCUUCAUGCAUGCCAUUUGUGUUUUCAGGUCUUUGGUCUGGAGGUGAAAUUGGUGACAAUGAAGAUCUUUAUUGAGUACCUUUGGGAUGUCACCAUUUUGACCUAAGAGCCUCAUUUCACUUUCUACUCGAUGAAGUCAAUUAGUAUUCUCAUCAAAUUGUUUCAACACCUCUUCCUUCUUUUUCUCUAGGAAACAGUUUUCAACCUUUGAAGUCUAUGAUCUUGUUUGCAAGUGGCCUUUUCCACUGUCUUCUGAACACAUCAUCUCUAUUUGGUGACGGCACUGUUGUUGAUAGAAUGACCUGAGCUCAUUUUCUUUAGGCAACAUUUCUAACUUCAGAUAUUUUUACCUGAUUCCUCCUCGAUUCUGAAACAAGCAUUUCAGAAUUUCUUGCAGUCUUUUAUUUCUUUGUCCUGAGUGCUUGAGUGUCCUGAUUUUGCACUGUCACUUUUGUCAGUCAAGGCUUUCUGUUCUUCAUAGGCUUUUAGUGUUAUAUGAGCCAGGCGUUGGUGGCACACACUUUUAAUCCCAGCACUUGGGAGGCAGAGGCAGACGGAUCUCUGUGAGUUCAAGGCCAGUCUGGUCUACAGAGCGAGUUCCAGGACAGCCUACAAAACAAUACAGAGAAAUACUGUCUCAAAAAAAAAAAAACAAAAACAAACAAAAAAAUUAGUGUUAUAUGUAUCAUCGUCUUAGAACAAAGAGAACUAACAGCAGCUAUCAUAGUUUGACAGUUUUCUCCAAGAGAAUCCUUCAGCAAAUGAGUCAGCUUACUAUUUCUGUAAGGAAUAUGCUGAGUCCUUCUCUUUGUAUCUGCUAAGGCACUGAUGACAUACCCAAGGGCUAAAUGGGAUUUAUUAAUAUUUGUGCCUUCUACAAAUCGUGUCCGUUUGGCACCAGAAGUUCUGGCCCUCUCAGAUCCUGCCGGGUCAGUGAGUGACAUUUUAGCUACACAGACAUUUUGAUUGAUGCUUGCUGUUUUGUCCUGUUGUCACAAAUAAAUCUGGAAAGCAGCAAGGGAA